UCCAAGAAAAAUAGUUCCAUUCGACAAAUGGCGUUUGGUUCAUGUGAAAAAUCUGUGUUCUGUUCAUUUUCUCAGUGAUACAGUGCGAUACACACGACAGUAAGGUAAUUAUUAAGUGCUAAAGAUGUCGGACAACAAGGAGAACACCGGCGGCGAGGACGAUGUGAUUCCGGAGGACUUUUUCGACGACUUCAGCAACACGGAGUUCAUGGCAGGUCUCGAUGUGAUCGACACCUGGGAUGAGGGCGAGGACUCGAAGGAUAAGCGCGGAAGUCGGACGACAAAGAAAUCGGGCGAGAGCAACAAGGAGUUGGAGCGUGCGUCUCAGGAUCGCGAUCGGAAGCGUCGUCAUUCUGGGGAAGCAGCGAGCAGGGAGUCGACCAGGAAGUCUCCGGAGAGGCGGAGGCCUCGCGAGACGCCGGAGCACGAGAAGCGGAGACGCUACUCGCCGUCGCGGAGGCGUUUGGAUGUGAGACGUCCGCCUGGCGGUCGCAGAUCCCGCAGUCGGACAAGAUCGCGCAGCAGAUCGCCCAGGGGACGCAAGAGGGGAGCGGCGAAGAAGACGCCCUUCCUGGAGGAGUUGGCGCAGAAGCUGGCCGAGAAGGGGCACAGCCUCACGGGUCUGCAGCCGAAUCCGUGCGCUUUCCAGGCGCAGGGCUUCUAUCCGGAUCCUGGGUAUCAAUAUCCAAUGCAGCCUCAGAUUCCUGGGAUGGUGAUGCCGCCGUAUCCUUACCACCAGCCUCUCGUGGCAUAUCCGAAUCUCGCGCAGUUCCCAACGCCCGUGCCCCCGCCGGAAUACGGCCCGGCGCUCCCACCGCAAUUUCCAGCAGUGCAGCUGAACAACGUCGACAACGUGGCGAGCAGCAGUCAUCCUGUGCAGUCACCGAUGAUUCCGGGCACGAAUCCAGAGCCGCCGGAGCCAGCGCUGAAGACGCCGCAGCAGGAGAAGUACCCUCUGGGGCUGGCGCAAAUGCUGGAGGACAACUAUGUGGAGGUGAAGGAGAAGAUCACAGAGCUGUCGUCCAAGGAUAGUAUUCUGUUGCGCUGCAAGAAGGCGAUAGACGCGAUGCGCGGCGACUCCAAGGCGUCGAAUGCCUUCAUCUUCGUGCCCAUGACGACGCCCAAGGUUGUGGCGGAUGGAUCGCCGGUGGGGAAGUUCCAUCACGUGAAAUUCCCCUGGUCGGCCGACAAGUGCGAGAUUGACACACACUUUAUAACGCUCUCCAGUGCACGAACACGGGAAGUGGCACAAAAGCUGGGCUUCAACGCCACCAGGAUCAUCAACAAGCUGAAGGUGCAGGACGUGACGGACAAGAUGACGACAGGCGGUGCACAGCCUGUCCAGGAUAUCAGCAUAUCGGCGGACAAUUGCUGCACAACUGCGGUCCAAACCGAGCGCUUCGAGUGUCCGCGGUGUUUGGAGAGGGAAUUGCGCACGUCGUGGGAUCAGGCCAGCCAGACGGAGCCGAUACCCGCGAAGCCCACCGUGAAGGACGUCCUGCCGGACUACGAUGAGGCGGUGAUCAGUCUGCUGGCGCGCUUUGGGCAGCAGCAGCGCGAUAUUCUCAUCUACUUCAUGCGACUCAUCGAUCGGCCGGACUACGUGACACCGUAUCACAUCAACACACUGACGUCUAGGCUCCAGGAUCUGCCCAAGAACAUCUACAAUCAGCUGCGUCAGGCGGCACAGUCCGCUUACAUUGUUAAUCCAUCGCCGGACGUGAGACGCUUCUAAAAGCCAUAGAAAUUGAACUAGAAACGUAGAAAUUCACUCCUCAGCAGCCAAAUUCUGGUGUCUCUGAAUGGGUUUGUCAUCAGCAUGAUUAGGAGAAUAAAACUUGUGUAAUUUCUCAUAAUUGUAUUUCGCGUCGUGUCUCUUUCCGGGAGAGUCUCCUGGUCAGU